GGCCCGGGGCGGGCGGGCUGCGCUUUUUUUUACGGCUUGGCUGUCUUCAUCAACCCCCAAACAUUUUUCUCCUCCUCCCUUUUUCUCACCUAAACACCUACAAACCCUCCACAUCAGAUACCCAACCAUGGCUCCUGCGAUGCGCCUGACUUCCUCCGCCCUCCGGGCUUCGUUGAAGGCUUCGUCCUUUGCGACCAAGCAGACUGCCUUCACUGUUGCCCGCUGCUACUCCUCCAAGACCCAGACCCUCAAGGAGCGCUUCGCCGAGCUCCUCCCCGAGAAGAUCGAGGAGAUCAAGGCUCUCAGAAAGGAGCAUGGCUCCAAGGUCGUUGACAAGGUCACUCUCGACCAGGUCUAUGGCGGUGCCCGUGGCAUCAAGUGCCUCGUCUGGGAGGGUUCUGUCCUCGACGCCGAGGAGGGCAUCCGUUUCCGCGGCAAGACCAUCCCCGAGUGCCAGCAGGUCCUCCCCAAGGCCCCCGGCGGCAGCGAGCCCCUUCCCGAGGGUCUCUUCUGGCUCCUCCUCACCGGUGAGGUUCCCACCGAGCAGCAGGUCCGCGACCUCUCUGCCGACUGGGCUGCCCGCGCCGAGAUCCCCAAGUUCGUUGAGGAGUUGAUCGACCGCUGCCCCAGCGACCUCCACCCCAUGGCUCAGUUCUCCAUGGCCGUCACUGCUCUCGAGCAGACCUCUUCCUUCGCCCGUGCCUACGCCAAGGGCAUCAACAAGAAGGAAUACUGGGGAUACACCUUUGAGGACUCCAUGGAUCUCAUCGCCAAGCUCCCCACCAUCGCUGCCCGCAUCUACCAGAACGUCUUCAAGGGCGGCAAGGUCGCUCCCGUCCAGAAGGACAAGGACUACUCCUUCAACUUUGCCAACCAGCUCGGCUUCGGCAACAACGCUGACUUCAUUGAGCUCAUGCGUCUCUACCUCACCAUCCACACCGACCACGAGGGUGGAAACGUCAGCGCCCACACCACUCACCUUGUCGGCUCUGCUCUCAGCUCCCCCUUCCUGUCCCUCGCUGCCGGUCUCAACGGUCUUGCCGGUCCCCUCCACGGCCUCGCCAACCAGGAGGUGCUCAACUGGCUCACCGAGAUGAAGAAGGUCAUUGGUGACGAUAUCUCCGAUGAGAGCAUCACCAAGUACCUCUGGGACACCCUCAACUCCGGCCGUGUCGUCCCCGGUUACGGCCACGCCGUCCUCCGCAAGACCGACCCCCGCUACUCUGCCCAGCGCGAGUUCGCCCAGAAGCACAUGUCUGAGGACCCCAUGUUCAAGCUCGUCAGCCAGGUCUACAAGAUCGCCCCCAAGGUUCUUACCGAGCACGGCAAGACCAAGAACCCCUACCCCAACGUCGAUGCCCACUCCGGUGUCCUCCUCCAGUACUAUGGUCUCACCGAGGCUAACUACUACACCGUCCUCUUCGGUGUCUCCCGCGCCAUUGGUGUCCUUCCCCAGCUCAUCAUUGACCGCGCCGUCGGUGCCCCCAUUGAGAGACCCAAGUCUUUCUCCACCGAGAAGUGGAUCGAGAUCUGCAAGAAGUUGUAAGUUAUGUACGAGGACGGGGAGUAAUGCGGGUUAUGGGUUAGGUAGUUGGGAAAAUUCGGCGCGAAGGGAUCGUUACGGGUUUUUCAGUAUAGAAUGGAUGGGAAAUAUUCAGCGAUUGCUUCAGCCCCUGGAGGCAUUGAUUGGUUUGGGGCUACGCGAUUACUGGGUGAUGGCUGUCCAUUGAGUUGUACGAUACAGAUUUUUCCGUAUUCCGGGCCACCCGGCCACACGCACAUGUUCAAUGAAAAGUUCUUAGCUGCAACA